GUAAAAAGAUUAAACGCAUCGUCUAGUGUCUUCUCUGCAAAGGGCGGGGCUCAUUUGGAGCUGGGGACUGGGUCGUAGAGAGAAGGAGCGCCAUCGACGAGGCCCCAUGGAGUUCGUGAUGCAGUCAAUAAGAUUUGGUUUUGGCCUGAAUCAGAUCCACUUUCCUGGAGGAGGUAGGAUAGAGCUUUGUGCCGCCCCUGUGCCGGCAGCGGUGACGAGGGGCGAUAUGGUGGCGGAGCAGGAGGUGGUGGAGCAGGAACGGGCGGUGGACAGCAUCGAAGCUCUGAUCUUGGCGGCCAAGGUAGCAGUAGCGGCGAACAGGAGAGGGAGCUUUUCCCCGACGUCGGAGCCGUCAACUGGGAAGAUGAAUCCCCGGGCGCCUGGAUGGAAUAAGAGGCUGAUGCAGAGGAGGGAUUUUUUUUCAAGUUUUGGGGAUUCUCUCUGCUUGAGGAGGUAGGGGAGAGUUUGGUGCCGGCCCUUGUGGCUGUGAAUGGCCUUGCGGUGGUGGAUUUGGAGGUGCCACAGCAGGCGGAGCACAAGGCGGCACAACAUUGGCCAGUGGACAGCAGUGAAGAACAGAUCUUCUCGACGAAGGAGGCAGUGGCCGACAGAAGGGAGAGCUCGCGUCCAACUUUGGAGCUGUCAAUGGGGAAGAUGAAUCCCCAAGCGCCGGGGUGGAAUGAGUGGUUAGUGAAGAGCAACUUGCAUCGCAUCAGAGAAUCAAGGAUUUAGGGAAAUAGAACUAGUCAUGACUUACGAAAUCCUACAAUUAGAGCAAGUGCUGAUUGCUCUCUGCAUUCAUAAAAUUCAUGCUAAAUGUGCCUGUGUUUGCUAGCUGUGACGGUGGUGCAAAGUGGCACGUGCUGAAGAAAGCAAAGGACUCAUUGAGAGCUCUGUACACUAAAAAGUGUGAGUACAGAGCAGAAUCUCAUAAAGUGGUAAUCCACAUGCUAAUAGUAGAUGAAUUUGAGAGAGGGUGGGAGAUGUUGCUGGAUAAAUACAAAGCUCAGGUCACACCCUUACAUGAUGCAGUUGUUCGAGAUUAGGCAGAAAUGGUAUAAGCCUUACUUUAAGGGCGUGUUCAGCGCCGGAGAUCUCAGGCUAUGCUGGUUUUAGUUUUGGUCUGCAGCUUGUUCAGCGCCGGAGAUUGAUCUGGGCGACGACAUAGCCGGGGGCGAAGAAAUGGAGUUCCUGAUGCAACCAAUUUGUAGGCUUCCCUUUGCGCCUUACACGCUCGGUUCUUUUACGGAGUUUUGUUGGAAAUUUGUGUCAUGAUUCGAUAUUGAGCUAACGGGCAGAUCAGUGCAGGGGAGGAGGUGCCUGUCAUUGAAGCACAGGGUGAAGCGCAAGCAUCCGAGCAGUCUGUUGGUCAAACUGACCCAAAAACUCUAGGAUGGACAAGAAGGUAAUCUCUUGGUCAUGCGUGAUUGGAUACCCGAUGUCAAGCCGUACGUGGAAGUGCUCGAAUUGCAUGUUCAUAAUUGGCUUACAGCUUACUGGAUGACAAUUUAGUUAACGAACCUCUGGAAAGGAAAAUCUGUGUGCACAGGGUUUGGAUCCUGAUUGAAUGUUAAGUAGGAUGUGGCAGUAUAAAAAUUUGUAGAUAUAUGUCAAAUCAGGUUGCAUGAAUUGGGAAAUGUGAUUUGAGAGCAACACGGGUUCUAGCUUGGGUCUAUGAUAGUGGAAUGUAUUACAUUGGCUAGAGUAUGAUUUUUUUAGUUAAAUUGGAACUUACGGUAUAAGAUAAGAUACAAGAUAAGCUUUGUGAUUUCAGGGAUGAGUGUGUAUAAAGCUUGUACCUUUCAUGGAUUCACGAACAAUUGCUUGCAUCAGAUGGAAUCAUUGGGAAGAACUGAAUCAAUAGAAAAAACACAACAGUGCCUUUGGGUGAGUAUGGAUUGAUGACCAGUGCUUAAACAUUAACUCUUCUCUGGAGGGUGAGGAUUGGUGCUGCUGCUCCUGGCAGGACGCCGUGUCCAGAUUGCACGAGCGCUCUCGAGAAGGAAAUCUGCAGCUUCACAGAGAACCCAGGAGACAUUGUGAUUGUGCAUGCGUUGGGGUACAAGCUUUGAUACAUUGGGCGAGGCUUACGACUUGUACAAGCUGUACUCGUGGGAGAAGGGAUCCGGUAUCAGAUACGAAAUGAGCAAAUGUGGAGAGGAUAAAGUGCAUGCAAGAAACCUCUUGUGGCUGUGCGGUAUGUAUUCUUGUAUUUCCUGAACUACAUAUGUCCGUAAUUGAAGCAUGGACAAACAAUUGAGGCUCAUAUGUUCUCGUGGACCAUUGAUUUUGCAGACGGUGAUGUCGUGCUUUCAGGCACAUGUUUAUGUGUGCACUCUGAUGAGUAUUUCCUAGAAAUAAAAGAAAAAAAAUGAUCCAUUUCAUGACUAUGAAUUUACAUGAAGUUUGCGUGGGAUAUGUAGAGCUACCUGAAUUUAUAGUUUGUUAUUACAGGCGACGGGAUAUAAAACAGUUUUGGAAGUGUGCUUGCAUUCUGAAGACUGUAUUGCCAUCAUGAUGGUUGCAUGCUGAAUUUUGAAAUAGAUAUAAGCUGGUUAACUUUGCUUGUUGAUUGGGCCAUGGAAUUGAAUGUUGAAUAGAUAGCAGGGUGGGCGUGUGACAAGUGUGUGCCUUACUGCGCGCCAAGAACCGUGACGAACCACUACGAAUUUCGAAUGGCAAGAGCGGGAGAAAGUGAUGCUGUUUAACAGAACCAGCAGCAGCAGAGCCACUUCUGAACUGUGUGUCCCCAUUUGAUACACUGCUUCCUGAAGGUAGAAGAAGGCUGAAGACAGGAGUGCAGCAACUGGUAAUGGCUCCUUCCGUGCUAUUCGUCUCUGAAUCUGCCAUUACUAAAGAGGCAAUAACUCGGAUGCAGCUUCCAAGCCGCAAAUAGUAUUUGAAGAGGUAAAUCUAUUCAUAUAGAAAUGUUGAUCUAAGUUGGAUUUGUGGCAACAUUCAAUUAACGGGGUAGCUGGUGUGCAUGGUUCUUAUGGAUCUGAAAGCACGAUUAACCAGGUCGUGCGGUUAGUCACGAGGAGCGAAGGUCCAACAGCGAGGCGCAAUAAAUGGGUUAUCUGCCGCCGUGAGUCCAGAAUCUCUAAUUUCACGGCGCGCUACGUUGGGACAUGUCUGAGUCGGAGAACAUGUGGCUAACGACGUAAUGCGCUAUUCGUUGUUCAGAAGUGGGCCAGUGGGACCGUUCAAAAAGUGAUAUACCGGAGUAAUACCUAAGCCUGUACUUGUCAGGGUGCGAAUCUCGAUGAGAAUAGACGAGGCAGAUAUAGAGUCCAUCUGAGCUCGAGCUUAGAAUAACACUUCUGCUACAAUUGCUCUUUUAUAUUCUUUCACUUUCUUGC